AAGAGAGGUGAAUGGAUCUUCCAAUCAGGUUCAUCUGAAAAACUGACAUGCAGAUCUAAUCAGUCCUACAGUCACUACAUCCAAGGAUUGGUACACUGCAAUGUACCAUAUAUUUCACUUCAUAACAUGCACUUUUUUUCUCCCCUAAAAAUGUGGGAAAAUGUCUGUGCGUCUUAUGGAGCGAAUAUAUGGAGUGGCCGGCCCAGUAUUCCCGCCGCCGCAUUAGAAUACCGCUUGGCUCUACUGUGCAGUAGGACCUGCUCCUCCAUCCUACCUGUUCCUUGGUCCAGCAGUGUCCUGCUUCCAUUUGCCAUCUUCUCUCCCUGGUGCCGGCAUCUUCAGUGUGGGCACCCAGCUGUGACAGCUUGUGGCUUCACAGCCGGGUACCCACUGCACAUGCGCGAGAAGCUGCACUUUGUGAAUGGUCCUGUAGUCUUGUGGGACCUGUCAUGUGUCCCACAAGACUCCGGGGAGAGAGGGGGGAGGACAACUCCUCAGAAGUGGGAGCGGGUACUUGUCAAAUUUGUGUACCUGCCCCCCCCCUCCCCAAAGGUCUGCACUCUCUGGUCAUGUCCUGUACUAUGUCCGCAGUCUCUGGUCAUCUCCUGUAGUAUGUCCACAGUCUCUGGUCAUCUCCUGUACUAUGUCCGCAGUCUCUGGUCAUCUCCUGUACUUAUGUCCGCAGUCUCUGGUCAUCUCCUGUACUGUGUCUGCAGUCUCUGGUCAUCUCCUGUACUGUGUCUGCAGUCUCUGGUCAUCUCCUGUACUAUGUCCGCAGUCUCUGCUCAUUUCCUGUAGUAUGUCCGCAGUCUCUGGUCAUCUCCUGUACUGUGUCUGCAGUCUCUGGUCAUCUCCUGUACUAUGUCCGCAGUCUCUGGUCGUCUCCUGUACUGUGUCUGCAGUCUCUGGUC